UUAGAGUGUGUGUGUGUGAUUAGAGAGUUAGUGUGUGAUUAGUGUGUGUGUGAGAUGCUCUUGGAGAACUCUCUAUAUACGGAACUUUAAUUAUUAAAGCUUUAUUAAACUGAGAGAGGGUGAGAGAGCUCCAGAUGGACUCGUGUGACUGCUGGAUCCCGGUCGUGUGUCGCACCUGUAAAGUCAUCGUGCUCGGAGACGCAGGUGUCGGGAAGACGAGCCUCACUCACCUGUACUGCACUGGACACUUCCCAGGGAAAACCGACCCCACAAUCGGGGUGGACCUCCGGGAGAGACUGCUGUACCUGCGCGGCGAGAAGAUCAAGGUGCAGCUGUGGGACACUGCGGGUCAGGAGCGCUUUCGGAAGAGCAUGGCCCAGCACUACUACCGCAACGUACAUGCGGUCGUCUUUGUCUACGAUGUUACAAAUGCGGCUUCGUUCCGCAGUCUGCCCCUCUGGAUGGAGGAGUGUCAUCAACACUCAGUUGGACCUGACGUCCCCCGUGUACUUGUGGCUAACAAGGCUGACUUGGUGAACUUGGGCAACGCAUCAACUGUUGAGCAAGCACGGCACUUAGCUGAAGUUCACUCAAUGUCCUUUUACCUCUGUUCAGCUAAAAGUGGCAGCAGAGAGCAGGUGGACGCCAUCUUUAGUAAACUGGUACAGCAGAUCAGUAGACAACGACGAAAAGGAUCAGAAUCAGACAGGGCUUUCAAACUUACACCAAAAGCCAACGCAGAGGAAGAGAAAAAGGAGAAAUGGACCUGCAAUUGCUGACGGAGUGGAUUAUGGGUGAAAUGAGGACAUUCUUGGCUGUCUUUUAUUUCAGACUUCCCUUGCACUAAGCUAGUCAGCUAAUUGGGUCACAUAGUUAGCGAGCUGGUUCCGGUAGCGUUAUGUUGUUAUUUUAUAUUGUUACAUGUAAGUAGCACCUCAGUCCUGGAGGAACGUUGUUUCGUUUCACUGUGUACUGAACUCUAUAUGGUUGGAAAGACGACAAAAGACUUGA